AUGGGAUGGAGCUGCUCCUUCCUCAUCUUCCUCCUCCUCCUCCUUCUUCUCCAGCUCCUGGAGCCAGGAGCCACCUUCUCGCUGCUGCGGUAUCGCUAUGACUGCGGUGACUAUGGCAUGCAGCUGCUGGCCUUCCCCACCCACGGCCGCACCGUCCGCUUCAAGGUCAUGGAUGAGUUUGGCACCCGCUUUGACGUGGCCAACUUCCAUUGGCUCAACGCGGGAGAAGACGGCGCCGUCAUCUUCUCCUCUGGCUAUGAUGGCUGCCACGUCCUGGUGAAGGAGGAUCACUAUGUCCUGAGGGUGCAGCUGGAGGAGAUGCUGCUCAGUGGGGUCCUGGCUGCCUCCUAUGAAGUCAACAUGACCUGUCCACAGCCAGGGGACGAUGAGAUCCUCACGGGGGGCAACACGCGCAACGAGCACCGGGGCAACAGCGUCCACCAGACCCAAACUGACGUCCUUGUCCCCCUGUCCCAGCCUGGCCUCUUGCACCACGUGUCCCAGUCCACCUUCACGCUCCCAGGACCCCAGCUCACUCCCCAAGCCCACUCGGAGCAGGUUCACCCCGUGGCUCAGACCCAACCGGUCCUGGUGCACCCCAGGCUGCAGCCCCAACCAGCUGUGGUUCACCCCAUCACCCAGCCCCAGCGGGGUUUAUUGCGCCCAGGGCUUCAGAACCAAAACCAACCUGGGGUGGUCCACUCUGGAGCUCAAACUCAACCUGGGCGGCUUCAUCCAGGGCUUCAGAACCAAAACCAGCCUGGGCUGGUCCACCCUGGAGCUCAAACCCAACCUGGGCGGCUUCAUCCAGGGAUUCAGAACCAAAACCAACUGGGGUUGGUCCACCCUGGACCUCAAACCCAACCUGGGAGGCUUCAUCCAGGGGUUCAGAACCAAAACCAACUGGGGUUGGUCCAUCCUGGGGCGCAAACCCAACCAGGGAUUCUUCGUCCAGGACUUGUGCCUCAAAACCAGCCUGGCUUGGUGCACCCCGGAGGUCAAACCCAACAAGGGCUGCUUCAUCCAGGGGUUCAGAACCAAAACCAACCUGGCUUGGUACAUCCUGGAGGUCAAACCCAACAAGGGCUGCUUCAUCCAGGGGUUCAGAACCAGAACCAUCCUGGAUUGGUGCACACUGGAGCUCAAAGUCAACAACGGCUCCUUCUCUCGGGGCUUCAGAACCAGAACCAGCCUGGACUGGUGCACCCUGGAGCUCAAACCCAACCAGGACGUCUUCGUCCAGGGGUUCAGACCCAAAACCAGCCUGGACUGGUGCACCCUGGUGUCCAGUCUGGCUCAACCCACGCUGGUGCUCACACUCAAGCAGGUUUGGUCCGCCCAGGAGCUUGGCCCCAACGCCAGCCAGGCUCAGCUCGCCCUGGUCUUCAGACCCAGUCCCAAACUGGUCUCCUCCACCCUGGGCUCCAGAGCCAAACUGGGCUGGUACAACCCAACCGUCCCCGACCAGGUCUAACACGCCCAGGACUCCAAUCCCACCCAGGUUUGGUACGUCCUGGUCUCCAGGCUCAGCUCCAGCCGGGUCUGGUGCGCCCAGGUCUGCAGCCUCAAGCCCAACCUGGUUUGUUGCGUCCUGGAUUUGAGUCCCAGCCUGGUCUCCUGCAGCCCACCGCCCUCUUCUACCCCACCCCGGGGGCAG